CUAAAGGUGGAAAUUUAGGAUAUUGAAAAACCAGUCUGCAAGUGUAAAAUUACAUACACAUAAUUACAUUAUUUGCGUGCCAGAAAGGAUUAUUAUUUAUUAAAUUUCUAUCUUUCUCGAUCAUUUUUCAGGAACACAUAAUUGAUUUUCUAGAGCUAAUGGAAUAUGUUCCGGUACUCAUGUCAUAUGUAUUUCUAUUUAAGUUGUGUAUUUACUUUUAGAACAUCAGUCUCUUUGCAAGAUGAAAGCUAUCCUCGUUUUUAUUCUACUCAUUUCAACUGUGCAAGCCAAGAGCAAAUGCAGCCAAGUACUUCAUCUAAAUCUUAAUCCUCACUGUGGAAUACUUCCUGAUUGUAACUUUGAUGGUCCAAAUAGAAGUUUCCUGGAAAAUGUGUCGUGUGAACGCGAAGAAAACGGAAAACCAGUUAUGAAUAUUUUCGAGACUACGAGUGGAAAGAGUGUCUGCGAAGGAUUUAUUAAACCUGGAAGUCCUUUCUGCGCGUUUGCAGCUAGCUGUAACUUCCAAGGCUUGAGUCUUUUGCACGUUGGACAGGAGCAGUGCAAACUGACCGAACUGGGAAAACCUCUUUUUCUAAAAAUCAAGGCCGGAAGGUGUCCAAGGGGUAAACCCAGAUGCAGGAAAACUAGAUAAGGAAAACAUCUAAAUAAUCCUAUAGAGCACCGCCUUUUUUGUGGCCUUGAAAUUCGUUGAGAAAUUCCACACUUGUUACUUUAAUCGCCUUAAAUACGACAUGUUUCGGUAAUUAGCAGCUAAACAUUCAAUUUCAUUUGGAACGUUCUAACAUUCACCAUGAAGAUUUUCCGGCUUAUCCUUAUUCUCAGUGAGUUCCUCAAGAUGUAAUGGGAAUAUACCUAUAUAACUCUCAAAAGUAAUUCAUGCCAUAUGUCCUAAGGGCAAGCACUUAUGCAGAUAUAGUAUUUAUGAAAAUAGAUCGGAGCUUGGAAAAAAUACUCCAAGCUAAAUUCGAAUUAAGUAACUUUUCUAGUACAGUAAGCGUACAAUUUUGAACUAUUAAAUUGAACAUAUAUACGUA